AUGCCCUUUAGAUUAGAUCCAGCAAUCGGUGCAGCGCUCGGUGCGUUGAUGGGGCCAAGUCCCCCACCACCUCUACCGGCCGGCGACGUGGAGAAUCGACGAAAACAACUCGACGGCCUCUUCUCUGCCUUGACUCAGACUCUACCCUCCAUCCCUGACGUCGAGACGAAGGACUUCCACGUCAAGGCCGAGGACGGCCAUGAUCUACUGCUGCGCUGGCUCACCAAGACCGGUGCUCAACCCCCAGGGUCUGCGAUCUUUUAUAGCCACGGCGGCGGAAUGAUUGCCCUGCAGCUCAAGCACUACACCGAGAUGCUGCGCCGUUACGUCUCACGCACAGGUGUUCCCUUUCUCGCCAUCGAGUAUCGUCUAGCUCCGGAGGUCAAAGCGCCAGUUCCGGUCACAGAUGCAUACGCUGGGCUUCGUUGGCUGCACGAUCAUGCAGCGGAGCUGGGUGUUGAUCCCAAGAGGAUAGCGAUCAUGGGAGAUUCUGCUGGAGGUGGCAUCACAGCCUCUCUUGCGCACUAUGUCAAGCAGAAGGGUGGGCCACCGGUAGCCAAGCAGAUUCUCAUAUAUCCUAUGCUCGAUGACCGGAACACUAAGACUGAUGAGAAUAUCGCUCCAUUUCUGACGUGGAGUGUCGACGAUAACAUAACGGGCUGGCAAGCCCUCCUAGGUGAUCGCAUGGGCAAAGACAACGUCCAAGUGAUAGAGGCAGCAGGUCGCAUGAACCCAGCAGAGGCGCAAGGUUUGCCACCGGCGUACAUAGACGUUGGCGAACUCGACUUGUUCCGUGACGAAGAUCUCGAAUACGCACGCAACCUCACCAAGGGCGGAGUCAGCGUCGAGUUCCACCUGGUCCCCGGGGCUCCGCAUGCAUUCGAAGCUUUUGCACCGAAAGCCGAUGUCUCGCGCUUCGUUAUGCAAAAGAGAGAGGAGGCCGUAAGCAGUGUCUGA